UUACAUGAUUGAAUUAUAGCUGGCAUGAACUAUUUUAUGUCAGUGUGAUUGAAACAUUCUUUGCAGUAUUACAUGCCUAAGGUUGAUGUAUUUUUAGUCCACAUGGCCUGCUGUAUUAUCACUUUUGAUAAUUAGGUCAACAUAUUAAAUUGAUAUUCAGUGCAAAGGUUAGCGUGUAUUGAUGUACUUAUUGUCUUUCAACUUUAUCAUUCACUCUUUCCAUUUGAAAAUGGUUCCAUCGUUCUAUAUCUUCACUAUCUUAUAUUCCUUCUUCUACUUCAAAUCAAGUGCUGAGCUCAUAACUUCUCUUCCUGGACAGCCUCCAAAUAUUUUCUUCAAACAAUACUCUGGUUAUAUUGUUACAAAUGCUCAACACGGCAGAGCUCUAUUUUAUUACUUUGUCGAAGCAGAUUCAGAAAAUGCAGCAUCACUUCCCCUUACUGUGUGGCUCAAUGGAGGCCCUGGUUGUUCAUAUGUGGGUUAUGGUGCUUUUAUGGAGCAUGGUCCUUUUCGGCCAGGGAUUGAUGGGAGUCUUAUAAAAAACAAAUAUUCCUGGAAUUUGGAAUCGAACAUGCUAUACGUGGACUCCCCGUAGGAUUUUCAUACUCAAAUACAAGCUCAGACAACAUCAAUUGGGAUGAUACUGCAACUGGUACACCAGUUUUCCUGAAAUAGCCAAUAGUAUUGAUAAGUCAAUGCUACAGGAUAUCUUUGGUUUUACUCUUUGUAAUCUUUACAGCUAAGGAGAAUCUCCAAUUCAUCCUCAACUGGUUCAAGAAGUUCCCCCAAUAUAGAAACUCGGAUGUGUACUUAACUGGGGAGAGUUAUGCAGGUUCACAUAUGAACUGGCCUAAUCUAUAUGGUCUUUUGGUUGUAUAUACUCAUAGCUUUUUAACACUAAGAUUUGGUAACUAAUAAGUAUGUUUUUGGUUCUUAGGUCACUAUAUACCACAGUUUACAUUAUUGCUGCUUGACUACAACAGAAAGCCCAAUGUUAAACCAAUCAACCUUAAAUCAAUUGCAGUAAUGUUUACAUUACCCUUGAACCACCAAAGCACGUUUUCAUAUCUCCACUCUCUGUUGAUAAUUAUUUCACUUUCAAAUCUUCACUUAGUCCAAUGACUUUGCACCUUGGGAAUCCACUGCUAGAUAUUGAAAUAAGCGUGAAGUCCGCCGGAUAUCUAUGGUCACAUGGUGUCAUUUCUGAUGAACUGCUUGAUAUGCAAAGAACAGUCUGUAAUGAAACAAGGUAUGUGCUGGAGUAUAUACGUAAUGAGACAUCUAACGAAUGCUCGAAAGUGUGGGAACUCAGAACGGAGGAAAUGGGAAAUGAUACAGUUAAGGAUGAUAUUCUCUUGCCAACAUGUGUAUCCUCUAAUGCAGCAGGACAAUUACUGGCCCUUGGAAACCUUGCCACAAUGCAUGAAAAGAAAGUAGGAAAAGUUGCUGAUCCAUGCCUUACUGAGUGGAUUGAUCUGUACCUUAACAAGCCAGAAGUUCAGAAGGCGCUACAUGCCAAUACCACUUACCUUCCGUAUGCCUGGGAGAUCUGUUCAGGGCCCCUUCAGUAUAGGCUAGACGAUGUUGCAAUAAACAUUAUACCUCUACUGCCAGAUAUUCUAAAGGAGCAUAUUCCAAUUCUGCUUUUCAGUGGAGACCAAGACUCAAAACUCCCUCUGACCCAAACUAGGAAAAUUGCUAAACUGCUUGCUCGAGAUUUAAAGCUAGUUGCUUUUGACAAAUAUGGUCCUUGGUAUGAUGGCUUGCAGAUUGGAGGAUGGAGUAAAUCAUUUGGAGGGCUAAGGGAAGGCAAAAACGUUACAUAUCUAACAUUCGCUACAGUUAGGGGCGCAGCUCAUGAAGUACCCUUUACUUCUCCUUCACAACACUUUUUAGAGCAUUUCUGAGAGGACAUCCUCCACCACGUACGAGCAGCACCAUUGCAGCCUCAGCUGCGUAAUCCUAUCGAUCUGAUGAACCUCUAUUCCACUUUUCUCUAGACUGCAAGAACCUAUUCUCAAGCUUUAUUUUGUUAUCUUUGUCUUACUUUUUUUUUUCUGUGUGGAUUUUAAAUAAGUCUACUUAUUGUAUAUAACUUGGCUGGCCCUAGAUUUUACCUAGAGCCCAAUGAUUGAUUUAUACAGUCUUCAAAAAUUAUGUUGGA